AUGGUCUCCGAAGAGCUGUUCGAGCUUUGUCAGCCAAUCCUACAAAACACCGAUCUUGACGACGAGGAGCAAACGGAGCAGCUGGAGGAUCUCCUCCGCUCAAAGACUACAUUGACCGGAGCUUCCUUAGAAAAUGCCGUCCUGGAUAUAUUAUGGCGCCAGCGCAAUCAGUCCAAACCCGAUACAUCGCCGCCCAGUAGACAUACCGUUAUCCGCCGGUCAUCUCCAGCACCAUGGCAGGUCGCACGAUCCACGACACCGAUAUCAUCUCCUUCGAUGACCGGAACUAGUCCCGCUGGACCUGGCUUUCAUCUGACCCGAGCUGGUAUUUCACGCGGACCUCGUUCCGUGACCGCGUCUCCAUUCACCUCUCCACGCCCAUCGCCUCGUCUAGCCUUUGCGCAACCUAUACCACAUUCGCCGAACCUCAAUGCUUAUGAAUUCUCCGAUCAGAACUCUCCGUCCUCGGAGUUAUAUGGCGAUUUUGGCAGUGAGAGCAAUGUCGAUUGGUUGGUGGCAGACGAUCAACUAAGCGUCACCUCGUCCAUUGGUGGUUUGAGUGCAUCUGCGCCGGAGUUUGUACCGGACAUGAGUCCUCAUGAUAUACUUCGCUCUGUUUUGGGAGAUAAAAAGACCAACGAUGAAAUUGAGGCGGCUCUAGAGGCCAACAGCUAUGACCUUGGUGCUACAAUUGCAGCGCUCUCGGGAGACUCCGGCAGAGAUGGCUCGCACAAGACGGAAGAAGCCCGCGUAGUCGUGGGAAAAUCCAUGACUGUAGAUCACAGUCGCCCGUCGACUCCUUCCAACCAGGGGCGUAACCCGGUGGUGUGCAAAUAUUGGCUUUCUACGGGGACAUGCUUGCGGGCAGACUGUCGCUUUAGCCAUGAUUUGACGAAUCAUAUUUGCAAAUACUGGAUGAUGGGCAAUUGCCUUGCCGGUGACGGGUGUCCGUUUUCACAUGAUCCUACCAGUUUGAUAGGCAAUUUGAGUCUUACUGAGGGACCGGCAACCCAAUCCAACUUUCAGCUGGACAACAACCAAGAAGCAUUCCCAGCUUUACAAACUCCUGCAGCUAUCGGAGACCAACAGUGGUCAGCUCAGCACAUGCGCAAGUACGCAAAUCAUGUACUGUUAACCAACCCGGCUGGAAAUACGUCGCCCUUGGUAGGCGGAAGAAGAAAUGGGCCAAGUCGUCCCCAAUCUCGACCGACAAGUCGCCAUCAGCAACGUGACUUGAACCCAUCUCCCCUUUCGGUCGACGAUCCCGAAGCUUUUCCUGCACUGUCAGCCAUGUCGGCAAAAGCUCCAGGCAAGAAACACCAUGGCAAGCGCGGAGGCCAUAAUAACAAGGAUCCUAUUACAAGCUCUUUGGCUGAUGUUGUGCGCGUCUCUUCACCUGGACCGGGAAAAGGAAAGAACUCGAAGACUGGAAAAGAGGUGAAGAACCGAGAAUUGAGUGCGGCAGCAUUAGCUAUCCCAGCGCCGCAGAACAUUCCUUGGCUUGAAACUGGACCUAGGGCCAAUCAACAGUAUAUACGGUAUCGCACGGAUGCGAUUCGACAUGGCACUGUGCGAAAUAAAUUUUUGCAGAGUGCUGCGCAAGCCUGGAAUCGAAGUGACGCGAGAGCGGCCAAGGCAUUGUCACUUCGAGGUCAGGCUGAAAAUGAGGCGAUGCGUAGAUGUCACCGAGAAGCCGCUCGACAGCUCUACGAAGAGCGCGAGCAGCAUCUUGCGAACAAUGGCCUCGAUGAUGCCACGGAGGAGCUCUACGUGGAUCUACAUGGUCUUCACCCCGAAGAAGCCGUCAAGUACCUGGAUAAAAUCCUUGUGAAGCACUCAACAGAAGACCGAAUUCUUUAUGCCAUCACUGGGACGGGCCACCACUCCAAGAAUGGAAAAGACAAAGUGGGCAAGGCAGUCAAAGUCUGGCUCAACGAGUUGAAAUAUGUCUUCCGUGAAUUCAGCGUACCUGGCGAACGUGGUGGAUAUGUAGGUGGCGUCUUAGGAAUUGAUCCUACCAAUUAUGACAAAGAGGCGGCCGAGAAAUGGCGCAGCGAAAUCGAGAACCAGACCGAGACGAACGACGGACAGCCUAUGUUGUCGAUGGGGAAGGUUCAGCUCCUCAAGCGUGAGGAUACUAACGGCAAAUAAGCUAUCAGAGAGGGCUGGAAUUUUUUCUUCUCUCUUUUCCUUGUUCUAACGUUUCAUGACUCAACGAAAGCUAUGAUCUGGAUACCCUGAGCGCCUGUAGGAGACUACUGCUAUUUUCUGUGGCGCUGCUUUCGUGACGAUUAGAUCAAGUUGGAGAUAUAAACAUCUCAUCUCUACCAGAUGUAGAAUUAAGAACUGAAUAUCAUUAUAACUCUUAUAUAUGCCAGUUGAUAUGCAAAAAGAAAUUUACUCCGGCUCCUGUCCCUUCCACUGCCCUUUUAACCCAUCAACAUCCAGCCCACAAGCCUCUGCCCUCCUCACAAUACUCUUCGCCUUCUCCGCAACAGGGACAUCAAUCAUCUUCCCAUCCAGCGUCCAAGCCCCCCUCCCAUCCUCUGCCGCUUUCUUAUCCGCAAUCACUACCCUAACCGCCCACUCCACUUCUUCCGCCUCUGGACUAAACACUCUCUGCACCGUAUCCACCUGCGUGGGAUGAAUACAUUGUUUUCCAUUGAACCCUAACCGUUUCCCGCCUCUGGAUUCUUCUUCCAACACCGCGGUGGUGUUAGUAUCGGAUUUAUACGCUGUACAGACC